UUUAUGGAUACUUGUUUAUCACAGAAGAAUUGUUCAGAGUGCCUUGAAAUAGAAAAUACAGUGCGUAGUUUGCAAUUGUGCGAUGGUGUGAGGAAUCAGACUAUUUGUAUGCGAAAGCUAGGCAGUUAUCUGCGACGCUGUUUGAAGCAAAGUAACGUUUGCCAAGUCGCAGUAAGAAGAUGCAGUAGAAUAUUGGCAGUGUUUGCUUCUGGACAGAAAGAUUCUGAUGAUAAUUUGGGACAUUGUCUACCCUUGGCAAAUAGCGUUCAGUCCGUUGCCAUUCAUAUAUUGGAACAACUGGAACUUCUUAACAAGUCGUUUUCCACGUGGUUUCAGAUUAUGAAUGACUGUAACGAGUACUCUAAAGAGCAACCAAUAAUAUUUCAACUAUCUACGAUUGUAUUAAAAAAAUUCAAUCAACUUUUGCACAAAGUAUUCUGUCAUCUAAAGUUUCAGUCACCGCAAACAGAUUUGUUUCAUUCGGUGUUUUUUAAUUAUUUUGAAAAGGACCGUUGCUCUUCGUUACUAUUGUUUCAAGGAGAUACGCACCAUCCAUAUGUAAGUGGCUCAGAUAUACGAUUCAUUUCUGUUGUUGUCUACGAGGCUUCUUCUCGUGCUUUGAUUUUGUAUCCUUUGUAUAGAAAGGAACCAAUUACGAAUACUAUGAAACAACGAGAUAUUUCAAUGUAUGAGAACGAAUGUUGUAUGAUAUGGUUUGGUUUAGUUAUCCUUUCGUCCGAUGUAUUGUAUGAAUAUUAUAACUUGUUUUGUAAGGAGGAAUCAAUGCAACAUAAUACUAGUUGUUCAAUAUUGUUUUUUGAAACAUCUUUACCAGAUACAAACAAUUGCAUCGAAAGCACUAUGAAAUUAUUGCGACGCUGCCUUUGGAUAGUAUUGUCAGAUCAUGAUGAGUCUCAUGUUUGUGCUAUCUUGAAUUUUAUAAACAGAACCAGUGAAGUUAGAAUUCUUUUGAGAGCUCUAACUACCCAACUGGAAUGGUUUAUUAGUCAAGAAAGGAUUCCUCGUGACUCGAUUUUGGCUGCUAGUUUUUCAUGGAUUUGCUUGCAGUCUCUAUUAUGUAAACCUGAAAUUGAUAGUCAAAAUGUUGAGGAGGAAUUUGAUAUUUCGCGAAAUUUUGAAGUUUGGAUGAAAUCUGUUUUUCCUAGUUUUUCCAAGUUAUCGAUAUGUAUCGGUGUUAUCGACUAUUUGAAUUAUAUGAACAAGUCCUCUUCAGAAAGAACUUUGGAAACGUCAAUGAACAAUAAUGCCUCCUUGUUAAUGGCGAUUUUUAGAACUUUGCAGAAUUUUUGUCAACUUCGUGAAGAUUCGCAUUUCCAUUUCAUGGCUUUGGAUGGUCUUCGCCGCUGUAUUUUGAAACUUAUCGAUUCUUCUUUAAUGACGGCUGAAUUGAUAAGGGAAAUCUUUACAAUUCUAUGGCAACGUUGUCAAGAACCAAUAAGAGGCGUUUCUAAUCAAAUGAGGGACAUUAUUCAAGACUUGCUUUCUCUGAGUUCAGAUUCGAGAGUUCCAGUUAGUGAGCAGCAAAGAAUGAAACUUUUUUGGAAAGAAUUUUAUCAAUCUCUGCUAUCUGGAACAAUUUCAACCAAGGCACAGUUUGUCAUUAUAGAAAAUCUUUUAUCUUUUAUGGGAGGAAGUUGUCAGCUAUUAAAAAUUUCGCCAGGUUUUCCAAAACAGGCACUGUGGGCAGUUUCUGCAGAUCAGUUUUGCUCUACAGCUGCAGCACAUUGCUUGGAAAGCUUUUGGAAACUUCUGUUAGAAGAAGUUGGUGAACAAUGCUUUAUUGAAAAGACUAGAGGUGAUUUACUGGAAUCCAUAAUGAGCGCUAAGAAUGCUCUUCAGGAAGAACGUUUAAUAUCGCAAGCACUUGGAACAUAUUUGAAGUUGCCUACAGAUCGUACAGAUUGUCUAGUUACUCUAUUAAAUGGAAUUUCAGACAUAAGUAGAGAUGAUUGGCACACCACAAAGCUAAAACUAAUUGUUCUGUCCAAUGGAAGGAAACAUUGUCCUGGUUUAAGUCUUCGUUAUUUGGAAGAUUUGGGUUGUUUUAGUGUUUCAGAAAGAGAAUCAACAGUAACAUUCUCAAUGGAAGAAUUGAAUCUUGCUCUAUCCAGCGAGAACGAUAUCUGUCGAUUUGCUGUAAUAGACUGUCUUACAGAAUCAUCUUCCAAAGUGGAACCACUUGAUAGUUUUGAAUUACGUCUAUUGCCGCAACUGUUGCCAUGGUUUUUGUUUGAAUCCAAAUCUUCAGCAAGUUGGAGAUUUCUUCAUAUUAUUUCACGCUUGUUGAAACGUUUAGAACAUAGCAUAGAUGCCAAAAUUCGUGAGAGACAGACAUCAUUCCUUCAAUGGGAACAUAAUGUUGUUCAAAGAAAGCAACCGAUUGCUAGUGUCGCAGAAGUUGAUGUUUUUCUCUUUCAAGCUGUGGAAGUGGUAAAGCAAAUAUACCGCUUGUUUUUUUAUCAUUUAGUUGCUUCGGAUGUAAAUACCUUUCGUCAACAAAAUGCUUCUAGUCUUUUAAAGGAGUGGAUGUCCAUUUCUUUAGAUAAGGAGUCUAUUGUUUCUACUGUUUCAAAGACAUUGACACAGCAGCUUCUGUAUACCUAUUAUAUUUCCAUGUUGAAUGGAUCAGAAAAACUCGUGAAAACUGUCUCUCAGCUUUUAAGUAUGUAUCGGCUGGACUUGCCUGUUACACACGAAUCAUUCGAUUGGAUUUGGAAAGUUUGUUUUCACCAUCUCAAAAGUGUUCGUCCCUCACAUGCUGAAUGUGGUGCUCAAGUCAUCAGAAUUCUGUUCAACGAGUUUGUAAAAUCGCGUGGCUAUUAUUUCGCAGAAUGGUGUUUGAAAAGAACACAAGAUAAUUUCUGUACGUCUGGAAUACAAGUAACGGAUCCUGCAUUAGCCUCUUUCUAUUUCUUAUCUUGGUUUUUGAACCAGAGCAAGUCAAAAUUUGAUUCUUGUAUUGUUACACUUUCCCAUUUAUACGAAGAAGAUUGGCUAUUUGGAUAUUUCAUACUUUUUAAAUAUCUUUUCCAAGAUGCAUGGAUGCCGGAGUUAUGGUCGAGCUUUAUUACAGUGGAAACUAUCAGAUCUAAGAUAGCAAAUCCUCUAAUGGAACUAAUUUCUUCUUCAGUAAUGGAAAGUUUAAAAGGAGUAGGAUAUAUGGAACCUUGGAUAGGAGUAUAUUUGCAGUCUAUUUCAAAUUUAUCAAGAGAUAACUCAUCGAUAGAAACAGUUGAGAAUGACAGUUCAUUUCAAAGAAAACUUAUAGUUGGCUCUUUUCAUUGUCUUAAAGAGGUUUGUUCGUUGAUUACAAUGAUUAUUCAAACGGUUUGUGAGCAGAAGACUAUUGAAAAUGAAAAAAGAAAAGUUCAGCCUUCUUAUGUUACCAAAGGAUUGCGAAGAAGUUGGAACCUUACAGACAGUAUGAAUCAAGUGUGGACUAUUCAUGAUGUAGAGUGUCUAUUUUCUCUACAAAUGGAAGUGAUGUGUUGUACAACACACAAUGGAGUAAUGGAAACUGUAGGAGAUUCUCUAUUGCUAAGCAGCAAAGCUUUAUUUCGUUCUACUCGAGCGGAGUGGUCAGAACUUCCUAGAAAGAAACUUUUUCAAGUUUUAUCAGAGCUUUCGAAUGCCAAAUUUUAUUCCUUUAGACGUUCUGCAGGUUUACCGUAUUUUAUUCGUGCUGUAUGCUUGGCUGCAGAACAAGCGAGGUUGAAGGAGAUCACGCCCAAAGUCUUGCAAGAAUUGAUUGAUGGACUUGACAAUUUUCUUGAUGAGGAUAAAGCUGAACCUUUCUCUGAUGGAAUUGAGUCUGACACAUUCCCAAUCGAUGCCUCUUUGAUACAUAUUAUGAAUAUAUUACAUUUGCUUCUUCAAGAUGGGAGCCUAUCCGAUGUUACUAUGAACUUUGCGGAGCGUAGCUUUAUCAAUGCAAGAAGAGCUUAUGCUUCAUCUAAAUGGUCCAUUCGUAAUAGUGCCAUGUUGCUAGCUGGAGCUUCUUUGCGACGAAUCCUCAAGAUCUCCGGUGAAACAAGAGAAAGAGAGUAUUCUCAAUUUGUGCUGCCAGUUGAUUCAAUAGUGUUGCCUAGUGUGCAAGUUGAAGUUGAAUCGGUCUUGACUUUUGGAGAACUUUUUGGAAAACUUUUUCCUACCUUAUUUCAACAUAUUUCAACAAGUUUGGAACAAGUUCAAAACCAACUGUUGCAGAACCAUUCCAGUCAAAGAUCUGCUCACAUGACUAGCAUCUAUCCAGUAUUAUGUCUUUUAUCGACUUUGCGCAAUUCGAGCAGCAAUAUGCUAUCAUGCACUAUCAGAAAUAAUCCUGAAAAGACAAAAGUAGUAUGGAAUUCGAUUGAACAAUCUCCGCAUCCUUUCUGUUCUUCAUAUGAGAUCCAACUGCUACCAUCGUUACUUGAGAGACUGAUCACUUUUCUACAAGUACGAGAACAGUAUGUUCGUCUUGCAGCAGGGACAUCUUUAUGUCGUAUGGUUCAUGGAACGCCUUGGUCUUUGCAAUUAUGGAUGUCCCUUUUGGAAAGUCUUCCACUUAUCCCAAUUAAAUGUCUAUGCAGCCCUGAGUCUACCGCCGAUAAAGUUACACAAAGGCUGAUAUCACGAAAUAUUAUUCAGAUGAAGUUUACAAAAUGUCAACAACAUCCAUCGGAUCUGUAUCCACUGCAAAUAGAGUAUUUACCUGUAUUCUUGAAAAACAAAAAUGACAUUAUAUGGAAACAAUAUUCCAUUUCAUUUAUUACAUCUUUAAAUGCUAAUCCAAGAGAAGAAUGGGAGUUUGUUUUAUCUUCCAUCAACGAUAUCUAUUUAGUGAUGCCUAGAUUGUCUUGUUGUCACCGUAUGCGUUGCAGUUUCCAAAGAAAUCAAGUUCUGGACAUCGAAUAUACCGAUGAGGAAGUUCUCUUUCAUUACAAUAAUGCAACUUAUUUUCCUUGUGGUUUUCAAGCGAUAUCCUUGUCAUCCAUUCAGAACAUGCUGCAGGGGAAGUUGUUUACAUGUAUCAAAUUAUUCAAGGAAAAUGUUUCCUAUUGGACGGAAUCUUUACUAUUUGAACAGUGUUUAAAAAUUUUUUAUGAUUUUGUAUUGGAAUAUUUAUCAUGGAUUGCUGUAUCCGUUUGUGUUCCACCACUGACUCGCAGCAUGUGGUUCACGUGGAUGUGUGAGUUGUUGAAUGUAUUGAAAGGAAGCGAUCGCUAUUUUGAUAAUGAUGAUAGUAAUGUCUACAAAUUGACCUUGCGAAUUCAUGAGGAUAGUGUUGAUUGGAUUUUUCAAGUUUUGUUUCUUGAGUAUCACUACGCUAUAAUGAGGCAUCAAUCUUAUGCUGAUGGUUUACGUUUGGGUCAAACUCAACUAGUAAUUGAAGCUUUGAGACUCCUAGAAACUCUAGAUGAGAAAUGGUUGUUUUCAUUGGAUGCUACUUCAUUAUUGUCUUCCUUGUCUAUGGAUACUGAAAGGAAUUAUCACGAAAGCAAAGAAAAGCUUCUUACUGAGCUACCAAAUUUACUUGAGCAUUCUUGCUUACAAGUCCAAAGAGCCAUUAUGGGUAUUUUUGAGAAAUGGACAAAAUAUUGGUUUUCAGAGGAUGGCCUGGAUAGGGACAUGGUUAGAAAUAUUCUUAAAUUGUUAGGAAUCCAUGUGGAAGGUAUCCUGACCAAUAGUAAUAGUGCCAGUGAUACUUUGGCGGUUGUAUUGCAUUUUUAUCGAUGCCAAUUGACGCAUUUGCUUUCCAUGCCGGCAGAUAAUGUAGCAAGUUGUAUUAGUUCAUGUUCUCACAUGUCACUUUUGGAAUGCAUUUAUUCAGGAUUGCAUAACUUGAACUUCAAGUCUGAGAAUGAAAUUAUAUAUCAUCUUCUAGUUCGAACGAAGCAAAUCAUAGGACAUUAUUCAUCUUAUACAGUGUUGGAAGAAGCAUUUCCUUUAUAUGCAGUUAUCUUACAAUUUCAAGAUGCUCGUUUGCCAGCCAAAAUAGUGGAAAGUAUUCCUGACCAGUUGAUAGGAUUCGAAGAGAUUUGGUUUAAGGAUGUAGAAUUUUUUUUGGAGUUUGUGGAAACAAAUCCUUAUAUGCAUCCUGCUCCAUUUCGCAUGGCCAUUUUGGAUUCACUGUUGAGUUUGGGUGUUGUUCUUUUUCAGAAAAUUUUGGAAAUGGUUUACUCAAACUCAUGUGCACCUUUGGUUGAAGUUGAUAGAGAUUCUAAUUCGUGCCUGAAGAAUAUAUGGGUUCGUUUCUGUUUAUGUAUUCUGCACUAUUUGCAAGAUGAAUAUAUUGACGUUCGUAAUAGAGCUGCAAAAGGUUUGUAUCAUAUCUUAAAAGACAAAUACGAAUUUCCAACAUGUCAUCCUAAUUGGUUUCAAGCCUUGAAUUGGAUAUUUGACAAAUGUUUCUCAUUGGAGUUUAUUAUGCUUCAGGAAGAAACGCAAGGUUCAGUGCUUUGCCAUUCUCUUGUCUCAUUUAUAAGAAAAACUCUGUAUCUUUCAUUCCAAGUGACUGACGAUGCAAGCAAAGACAAUCCAGAAUAUAUGAUAUAUGAGACCUGUCCAUCUCAUGUUAUAGAGAAUGUUUUAAAUCAGUGGCAAAAUUAUUUUCACACCUCUUCCAUGGAGUUGUUUGAAUGUGAUCCCAGCAAUAGUUUUGAGGAACCUUUGUUACAAAUGCAACAUGUAGCUGUACUCUGCAGGACAAUCUUGUUGUCUUCAUAUGGAAAGUCAUAUCAGAUAUGGAGAAGGCGUUGUUUUGCGAUAGCCGUCAACCAUUUGUGCUUUCUGCUGAGUUGGGUGUUCUAUAUAGAAAAGAGGGAGAUGAUCGGUUUCCUUCCAGACUUUUUUCGGCCAGUGUAUAUCUUAGUGCUUCAAAUGUUCAUCUUAGAUGAAGGUCUUGAAACCUAUCAACAACACAACGAAUCGAGAAUUGAAAAUGCCAUAUGGUAUUUACAAAAAUUGUCCAAAGACAUUCGAUUGACGAAUAAGAUACACAAGAUCCUUGAAGAUAGUUUGGAAAACUUUUUGUAUUGGCAUUUUCAACGCUCGCGUCCAGAAGAACCGCAGGACUUGCUGUUUUUACUUGGACGGAAGUUUCAAAACUCUAGGAGUGUUUUGAGUGAAGGUUUCCUGAGACCUUCUCUGAGAAUACGUACAAACAACAAGAGUUGGUUACAAAGAAUCUGGAAAAACUUGUGGAACAACUCAGACUCAACUUUUACUCGUUAUCAUUCUCCUUCUAGUUGGGACUUUCCUACAUUUCCUUCAGGUAACCGUUCUGCAAAAACAAAGCUCAACGUACAUUCCUAUCAGCAAAGUAUGAAAGCCCCCUUGCCACCAAGUGCACUGCCCAGUUCCCGUUCAAGAGCUGCAAGAUAUCGAACUUCCCUGAUGGGACAACGUGAUGAUGCUGACUUGUACACUCCUAUAAAUAGUUCCAGCACUACUUCUCUCUCAGUUGGCUUGCAGGGUAAAUCUCCAAAGUAUUGGUUAGAUGAUACUGACAAUGGCGUUGAUAACUUGGAUUUGGAAGCAGAUGAAGUCUUGGAAGAAGAAGAUUCUUUAGAACCAAUCGAAAGUUCCAGGAAACGUUUCCAAUGGCAUAGAUUUUGGAAGAAACUUGGUCAAAGAUCCUUUUGGAAGAGAAAAUCGAACAGAGAGGAAGAACAAGAUAGGAUAAUUUCUUUGGCGUCGAUUGACAGAAGACAGCCCAAAUCUCAGAAUCGAGUACGAAAUCAACAGUAUAAUAUUUUCAAUUUCUUUCCGAAAAUAUUAUUUGAAGAAUUUCGCAUGUUUUACAACUUAUUCUUUCUGGGUGUUGCGCUAUCACAGCUGAUUCCUCCACUUCGUGUAAAUUAUCUCUUUACAUAUUUGGGACCGUUGAUUUUUGUGCUUUCAGUAUCGAUAUCCAAAAAAGUGUAUGAUGAUUGGCAGAGAUAUUGUCGAGACAGAGAGGUUAAUAUGCAGACAUAUACUAGACUUUUAAGAGAUGGCAGUCAUGGCACUAUAUAUCGGAAAGAUAUUGGAGUUGGUGACGUUUUAAUUCUUCAUAAUGAUGACCGGGUUCCAGCUGAUUGUUUACUGUUGAAAGCGAAACAUGACAGCAAAGGCACUAUUUUUAUAAGAACAGACCAGCUGGAUGGUGAAACGGAUUGGAAACUUAGAAGAGCCGUUUCUUCUACUCAAACUAUUGAGGAUGAUAAGCAGUUGGUCGGUUUAGACGCAUUUGUGCAUUUAGAAGCUCCAAGAAAAGAAAUUUACGAUUUUGUGGGAAAUUUCUCGAUUUCUCAAAGCGAAGGUUCUGAAGAGAAGGUCUAUAUAGAGGAACCUCUUUCCUUGGAAAAUACAAUAUGGGCGAAUACAGUUAUUGCUUCUGGAAGUGCAGUUGUGUUGGUUUUGUAUGUUGGUGAGGAAACACGAAGUGCAUUGAAUGCUUCAAAACCCAAGUCGAAAGUUGGAAAAUUGGACUGGGAACUGAAUAGAAUUUCGAAAAUGCUCUUUUUCUUUCUUGGUUCAAUGUCCUUUGUUUUGUUAGUUUUGAAAGGAUUUCAAGGACGUUGGUACUUAUAUUUUAUGCGCUAUUUCUUAUUAUUUUCUUCGAUAAUUCCUAUCUCCAUGCGAAUUAAUUUGGAUAUGGCACGAACUAUUUACUCAUAUUUUAUUCAGCAUGAUCAAGACUUGCACGAAUGCAUUGUACGCUCGUCCAACCUUCCAGAAGAGCUAGGGCGUAUUGAUUAUCUUCUCUCUGACAAGACAGGAACGUUAACAAAGAAUGAGAUGCAUUUGAAGAAAUUGCAUUUGGGAAGUUUAUUAUUUAGUAAGGAUGAUUUGGAGGAUUUGAGGAAAUAUGUUCUCUGGGGCUUUACGGAAAGAGCUGAUAAAUAUUCUCUCGGCAAUAAUACUACUUUUCUAUCCAGUGACUCACUUUUAUCAAGUACCGGAAGUCAAAUAGCGCAUCCUCAAAGUUUACGACAUAUUCAGACUGCGAUAUCGCAAACUUUGCUGGCAAUAGCGAUUGCUCAUCAUGUGACGCCCUUUAUUGAAGAAGAUGGAACCAGAACUAUUCAAGCAGCUUCUCCAGAUGAAGUUGCUUUGGUUAAUUUUUGUGAAGAAUGUGGAGUGAUUUUAUUGGAAAGAAGUGCUUCUCUUAUUCGCUUACGAACCCCUACUGGUGCAGAAGAGCAGUUUGAAAUAUUAUGUGAAUUUCCUUUUACGUCAGCAGCUCGACGGAUGGGUAUAGUGGUUCGUGACCUGCAAACGAUGGAAACCGUAUUUUAUGUGAAAGGAGCUGAUAUGAUUAUUGCUCAGUUGGUUCAUGAAAACGAUUGGUUGGAUGAAGAAAGUGGAAACCUUGCUCGUGAAGGUCUUCGAACUCUAGCGUAUGCAAAGAAGACAUUAGGAAAUGAUGAAUUGGAGAAAUUCAUGAAAGAAUAUCAAGCAGCACAACGCACUAUUAAGAAUCGUUCAGAUGCGAUAAGUGCGGUUCAGAGGAGCUUAGAGAAAGAUAUGGAAGUCAUUGCACUGACUGGAGUGGAAGACAAGUUGCAAGAUGGUGUGAGGGAAACUAUUGAAAAGCUGCAGCAUGCAGGUAUUCGAAUAUGGAUGUUAACUGGUGAUAAAGUUGAAACGGCGACCAAUAUUGCCGUAAGUUCUCGAUUGGUGCAGCGCUCCAAAGGUAUUUGCACCAUGACAGGAGUAUCCAAUCGAAUUGAGGCAUCGCGUCAGCUAUCGUUGUAUAGACAUCGAAUAGGAGAUGUGUUGAUUGUGGAUGGUCCCUCCUUGCAAACCCUACUGACUUUUUGUAGAGAAGAAUUUCUGCAACUCUCUUGUCUGUCUCCUUGUGUAGUUGUCUGUCGUUGUAGUCCUACUCAGAAGUCUUUAGUUGUUCGACUAGUUCAGUCUUACACCUCAAGUCGAGUUGCUGCUAUUGGUGAUGGAGGAAAUGAUGUGUCGAUGAUUCAACAGGCAAACUUUGGAAUUGGAAUACCUGGAAAGGAAGGAAAGCAGGCUUCCUUGGCAUCCGAUGUAAGCAUUACUCAAUUUUCUCAUUUGACUUGUCUUCUUUUAUGGCAUGGACGAAAUUCUUAUAAACGUUCAGCAAGAUUGGCGCAGUUUGUCAUUCAUCGAGGACUUAUUAUUGCCAUCAUUCAAAUGGUUUACUGCGCAAUUUUCUUUUAUGCUGCAAUCCCAAUAUUUGAAGGUUGGAUUCUGGUUGGUUAUGCAACUAUAUAUACAAUGUUUCCUGUCUUUUCGUUGAUUUUGGAUGUGGAUGUGACAAAAGAGAUUGCAUUUACUUAUCCUGAAUUAUAUGCAGAUCUUCGAAAGGGGCGUUCUCUGAACUUGAAGACCUUUUUGACAUGGUUGUUAAAGGGACUUUAUCAAGGAAUGACCAUAAUGGUGGUGUCUGUAUACGUGUUGUGGAAUGAUGAAUAUUUUUCAACAAGUUCGUUGAUUUCUGUAGCGUUCACUUCGUUGAUACUUACAGAACUGUUGAUGGUAGCUGUGGAAAUUCGCAAGUGGCAUAGAUUGAUGGUUGUUGCAGAAUGCAUCAGCUUGAUUUCUUAUGGUUUAUCAUUAUUUCUUUUGCGUACCGUGUUUGAUUUGUAUCUAAUUCUUCGGUGGAGUUUUUGGUUAAGAAUACUGAUUGUCACUACAAUAAGUUGUUGCCCUGUAGUAGUUGCAAAGUUUAUCAAUCGAAAAUGUGCACCUCCAUCCUAUAGCAAAUUGAUUUAAUUUGGUGCAAUAAUGAAUUGUUGUCGAGUUCAAAUAGGAAGAAGAUUCAAAACGACAGUAUACACAAUGUGUGAAACCGAGCAAACACAAUCUAAACAUCUUUUUGGUAGUUAACUGGUGGUAGUAUUCGUUGUUGACAUGAUAUAUGCUGAAUGACACGUCUCUCAUAUAAAAAUGA